AUGGCAGGAGGAGAGAAAAGAAGAGGAAUUAGCAAAUCUUGUGCCCUUCUCAUAGUGAUUGCUGGGAUAGAGAGAUAUGCAUUCAAAGGAGUUGCAUCAAACUUAGUGACAUAUCUAACUGAUGUGGUAAAGAUGAGCAAUUCGAGAGCAGCCAAGACGGUCAACACUUGGAGUGGCUUCACUUUCAUGUUGCCUCUCUUCUCUGCUCCUUUCGCCGAUUCUUGUUGGGACAGAUUCUUCACCAUCCUUGCUUCUUCUUCUGUCUACUUUGUGGGACUAGUGGGAUUGACAUUCACGGCAUAUGCUGGGUCACGUUCCACUACUAAAACCAUUUCCCUUCUGUUCCUCUACACUUCACUUUGCCUCGUCGCUCUCGGCUUAGGCGUCUUAAACCCAUCACUCCAAGCCUUUGGUGCUGACCAGCUCGACCACGACCUUGACCACGACCAUGAGCCAUCCUCAGAGAACAAAGAAGUCAAAUCUAACCGCAAGAGUCAGUUUUUCCAGUGGUGGUACUUUGGUGUCUGCACCGGUAGUCUUCUUGGAGUCACCGUCAUGGCUUAUAUCCAAGACACAUUUGGUUGGGUUCUCGGUUUUGCAAUCCCAACCGCUUCCAUGUUAUUGUUGAUCUUCUUGUUCCUUUGUGGCUGCGGAGUUUAUGUCUACGCUGAUCCUGGCUUUGACCUCAAAGCUAAACAAUCUAAACCCUUUCACAAGAUGUUAGAUACUGUCAAAGAAAAAGUGUGGGGAACAAGUAAGAUCACUCUUGGGAACGACCACGAUUUGAAUGCCAUGGAGCUAGAGAUGCAAGAGAAGCCUCUAUGUAAGUGUAGCAACACUGAAGCUACUACCAAGACAUUGCAUGAUGAAAAAAGCUGCAAGAAUGGUUUCUCCGGCCUCGAAACCGUGAAGCUACUGCUUCGUCUAUUACCGAUAUGGACGAUGCUUCUAAUGUUUGCAGUCAUCUUCCAGCAACCGGCGACAUUUUUCACAAAGCAAGGUAUGUCUAUGAAGAGAAACAUCGGACCAUACUUCAAGAUCCCACCCGCAACGCUACAAAGCACAAUCACUUUAUCCAUCAUCCUCCUCAUGCCGUUAUACGACAAGUUCUUGAUCCCGAUGGCCAAGAAAAUAACCAAAAACGAAAAGGGCAUUCCCGUCAUGCAAAGAAUGGGGAUAGGGAUGUUCCUGUCCAUCAUCGCCAUUGUUAUCGCCGCGUUAGUCGAAAGAAAAAGACUAAAGAUAAGCAAGACUACAUUGGAACCCUUGAGCAUACUUUGGCUCCUACCUCAAUACAUUCUCUUGGGGAUCUCGGACAUUUUCACGGUUGUUGGAAUGCAAGAGUUCUUCUACAGCGAGGUUCCGGUUAGGAUGAGAACGAUGGGGUUCGCUUUGUACACGAGCGUUUUCGGUGUGGGGAGUUUCGUGAGCGCUGCGUUGAUCUCGAUCAUCGAGAGUUACACGAGGUCGAGAGAUGGGAAACAUAACUGGUUUGCGGAUGAUAUGUCGGAAGCUCGGCUUGAUAACUAUUAUUGGCUUUUGGCUCUCACUAGUGCUACUAGCUUUUUGUUGUAUAUUGUUAUUUGCAAGAAUUUCAAGAGUAGAAGUGAUGAUGAUGAUGAUGAUGAUGAUGAUGAUGAUGGUCAAUGUGAUGAAAAAUGUUAA